ACAUCAUAGGUCUCCCCCCUCUCUUUCCCCAUGCCUUGGCAAGAGUAACAGACCUGAGGGGAUUUGAACCAUCUACACCCAACCCAUGUGGGACCAAUGGAGGUGGACCGGCCGGAGAACAUGGACGAACACGCUGAAGAGCAGCCUCAGCAGCAAGGGGAGCCGACGGGCUCCCCCCCAGCACCGCUGGCCCUAGAGGAGAAGGUGGAGGCUAACAGUGCGGACACAGCUGAGGCAAAGGAAGUGGAUAAUGCUAAUGAAAGACCCCAAAAAAUCUCAGGAAACAAAAGUAGGCCGCCCCCCAGCGACCCAGAAGUGGUGAGGAUCCAGGCCUGGUGGCGGGGCAUCCUGGUGCGCAGGUCGCUGCUGUUUGCGGCCCUCGGCGCCCUGACCAUCCAGCGCUGGUGGAAGCAGAUCCACAUGCGGGCGCUGGAGGCGCGGCGGCGGGCCGUGCUGGAGGCCUUCACCCGGAAGGAGUGGGCGGCCGUCCGGCUGCAGUCCUGGGUCCGCAUGUGGCGCAUCCGCCUGCGCUACUGCCGCCUGCUGCACGCCGCCCGCAUCAUCCAGGCCUACUGGCGGUGCCGCUCCUGCGGCUCCCGGGGCUUCAUCAAGGGCCACUACCGAGUCACGGCCAACCAGCUGCACCUGGAGCUGGAGAUCGUGCUGGGCUCGGAGCCCUGCUUCGUGUCGGAGUGUAUCCCCCUCCCAGUAAAGCAGUGACGCCGGC